CGGCCAAGCAGGUACUCGGCAAGGACGUCUUUUGGAGUUGGGACCGUAAGUGUAGCGCAGCUCUCUGACCAUUUACUGACGAGAUCAGUCCCUAAAACCAGAGAGGGCUACUACCACUUUAAAGGAGGAAUAGAGGCUGCCAUCAAACGUUCGAAUCUGUUUGCACCUUACGCCGACUUGUUGUGGCUCGAGACCAAGAAACCCGAUCUGCAGCAAGCACAAAGCUUUGCGAGGAGGAUAAGAAACGUUCAUCCUGGAAAGUAA